UAAAUCAAGAACAUUUUGCACAUGGCAGGCCAAGCACCCUCCCAUGUUCGAAGAAGAAUCAAGUAGCCCUUGAAACCCAAAAGAAAACACUCACUUACACACAGCUCAUGGCAUCUGGGUCGCUCUUCCUCUCUCUCACAAGAUCCAAACUGAGAUCUCUAUGUGCAUUAGAGAAAUGGAAACCUGUUAGGUUUCUUUCUUCAGGUGGUGCUUUAAGAAGUGAAAGUGAAUUCCUUGAAGAAGAGGAAUUGAAAUCAAAGGAAAAUGAAGAUGACUUGAAGGGUAGAAUUUUCAGGCUUAGACUACCAAAGAGAAGUGUAACAAAUGUUAUAGAUAAAUGGGUCAGGGAAGGAAACACUGUUUCUGCUUCUGAGUUAAGGCAUAUCUCUAAAGAGCUAAGGAAGUCUCAGCGUUUCAAGCAUGCACUUGAGAUAUCAGAAUGGAUGGUAACACAUGAAGAAUUUGAGUUAUCAGACACUGACCAUGCAAGCCGUAUUGACUUAAUGACAAAAGUUUUUGGUGUUGAUGCUGCUGAGCGCUACUUUGAUGAUCUACCUCUUGCAGCAAAAACUACUGAAACCUACACUGCUCUCCUCCACUCUUAUGCUGCGGCAAAAUUGAUUGAAAAGGCUGAGGAAUUUUACGAGAGAAUAAAGGGAUCAAACUUGUCCUUCUCUGCUCUCAUGUACAAUGAGAUGAUGACUUUAUACAUGUCAGUUGGACAGCUGGAGAAAGCCUCUCAAGUUGUUGAAGAACUGAAACAUCAGAAGGUUUUUCCUGAUAUCUUCACUUACAAUCUCUGGAUAAGUUCAUGUGCUGCGGCUCUAAAUAUUGAUAAAGUUAGAAGGAUUUUGGAUGAGAUGAGCCAAGACUCUGGUGUUAAUGAUGAUUGGAUGAGAUACAUUAAGAUAGCGAACAUAUAUGUCACAGCAGGUCAUCUUGUGAAUGCAGAGUGCAGCACUGCCGCUGUAGUUGAAGCUGAGAAAAAAAUCACUCAGAGAGAAUGGAUAACGUAUGAUUUCCUUGUUAUCCUAUAUGCAGGUUUAGGAAAGAAAGAUAAAAUCGACCAAAUCUGGAAAUCCUUGAGAAUGACUAACCAGAAAAUGACGAGCAGAAACUAUGUAUGCAUUCUUUCUUCAUAUCUGAUGCUUGGACAUUUGAAAGAAGUGGGAGAAAUUGUUGAUCAAUGGAAACAAUCUACCACUACAGACUUUGAUAUCUCUGCAUGCAAUAGGCUUCUGGAUGCGAUCUCUUGUCUGGGACUAACUGAAAUUGCCAACAACUUCCAUAUGCUACUGAUCGAAAGGAAUUGUGACCCCAAACAUAUAUCAGAGUAAGCGCUUGACUCGGAUUAUCUUGGCUAGGAAACUAUGACAUUAGCAAUGCCUUCAUAGACAUUCCAUAAGGAGAAUAAAUACACUUGCAUUUCUCACUGGUUUGCUGCAUAUCCAAGAGCAAGAAUUGAUUAUACUGCAAACUAAUAUGCUGUGGUGCGGGUGUGCUACUGGUCAUUUUCUUGAAACUCGGAAAUUCAUAUUUAUGUUUCUUUUUCUUAGUCCCUGUUAAGUCCUUUCGAGCAUUUCAGCACUAAACAACGUAAUUGGAAACGGAACCAAAGCUAUUAGGAUUGGAAUAGAUAAAGAGCUCUAUGUAUCAGGAUUGGAUUCUGAGAGAAGAGAAUAAAUGCAGUUGAUGUUGCUGCUAUUUGUUUUUGGUCGUUCAUGGCUUGUGCUAGUAAAAUCCAUUUUGCAGAUGUAGAGAUGUUUUCUUUCUGAGACAAA